AAUUAAUUACUCCGAUCAGCCAUAUACAUAUACCUGGGGACAGGAGAUUCAAACCUGGGCAAGAUAGAGAGAGAGUUUGAAAGUAGGCCUUCAUCGUUCAGUCAGUUGUCGACUUCGUCGUCAGGCGAUUUGCCGACGCCGGCGUGAUGUUUCUAAUACUUUGCCUAUUGGCCACUGUGAGCCUAGGCCGAUGUCUCGAUCAUCUUCCCACUCGAGAAGAAAUCGAAAUAUCCAUAAAUCGUACAAUUCAGGAAGUGGAGAAAAAAAUUCAAGCCGAUCCCACUUUACCGAAACUCUCGAGAAAAGAUAUUGUCGAUAUUCUUCAAAAUAUCACAACAAAAGAUUUAAUAUCCGAUUAUAAAACUCUAGAGAAUACAAGAAAUGAUUAUCAAAGGGCAUUGAUGGUUGUUCUACCAUACAAUUCAAAUGGUGCCGAGGAGCAUCUCAAAGAUCUCUACACGAAACCACCAAUAAUUCAAAUGCUUUCAGACGACGACGUUUUUCACGAGCAGGAAAAGAAUCGUCUAUCAAAUGAGAAUUCCUUAAAAAAACAAGUUUCCGAUAAUUUUAUACCAACUUUCCCCACCUCUCACCACUCGAUUCAUGAGUCAGUGGAUAAACAACACGGGGACAACGAGGAGAAAGUCGAUUCCAAAUUAAACUCAACACCUGAGAAAUUUAGUUUCGAUUUGGAGAAAUUGAGCGAAAUUUUGACAACCACGAGUGUGAGACCCGUUUACACUUGGCGACCAGUUUCAAAGGAAACGGAUUCUCCCCAAGAUGUCAUAACUUCCGUUUCUACAACAGAAGCACCAUUCUCGAAAUCAACUCAACAUGUUUUGUCUUCUGAUCAAUGGCGUUAUCAUCCACCUCCCACGACAUCUUCUCCUUCAACAAAUUCCAAGACUUAUUUAACGACACAAAAAUCUCCGUCUGUACUCAAAGAGUUCUUCCUUCCAACUAUUCAAAGUUCCCCCGAGGUUAAAUACAAAAAUCAGCAGACUGAUUCAAAUGUUUUCAAAUUUCUCGAAUCGGAAGCAAUGACCUUACCAACUACCAAAACGGACCAAAGUGUUCCACUUUUCGUAACACCGAUGCAUGACCAGAAAGUAGACAACUCUCCCAAGUUGGCAGAAGUCAACAAUGGGAACACAAUGCCAACAAUGAGACCCGAAAUCGAGGAUCUCCUAAAAUCAAUCGGCCUCCAACCACUAAAAACACCAUUGGAUUUGACAUUCGACAAAAAGGAGACGCAAUUUCAAAUUCCAGACUCAAAUAAUUUGGUCUACGGUCCAACGUUCGGAGUGACAAAUACAGGAGUCGAUACUCUCUCCAUCGCUCAACAGAAUACGUUCGACAAUUCUGAUCAAAUAAAUUCUGGUCAAACUAGUUCCGAUCAAAUCACAAAAGGCGUUAGCAAUUUAACCCCAAGUGUUCAACUCCUCUUCAAAAAAUUCGGUCUGCCUACGAAUUUGGAUUUCGAGGCACUAACAACAUCGACUACCACCACAACAACAACAGUGAAACCCACCCAGGCGAGUUACUACUCCUACACUAAUUUCAAACCCCUACCGAAUUCUUCGGUUCGUGACAAGGAAAUGAGGGAUUUCUUGGCGAAAUUCGGACUCGGUGUUAGUGCCAGUGAAUCAAGAAGUCAGAAGGCAAUGAAGCAGAAUAGACAAGUGACGCCUCCGUCUCUAAUUGAAGCCGUGCCCAUGAACAUGAAGCGAAUUUUGGAAAAUAUCGGUCUCAUCAGACCUAGAGCGAGAAUUGAUGACAUAAAAAAACAGCAAGUCAACAACAAACCCCAAACAACAACUCCUGCGAAAUUACAUGUCUUCAAACCCCAGGAGUCAUCAGUGUUCAACGAUCAACAGAGAGCGAAAAUCAAUGAAUUAUUAAACACCGUGAAGAAGGUUCAAAAGGGAAAGGCUACAAUUGACGAUGUUCAGAGAGUCGCUGACGAGGUACUCGAGUCCACAAAAUCGCUACCAGAGGGACCGGAUCCCGUCAGUCUGGAAGAAAUUCUCAAACUUUACAAAGAGGACUUGAAGAAUGAAGUGAAACGGCGUCAAACUACCGACACGGACAUUAAAGCAACCACUACGGAAAUGACACCGAAAAAGGAGAAAAUCGUCAAGAAGGAAGUCGCCAAGGAAGAAAUGGUCAAUGAGAAAAUUGUCAAUCCGGAGAAUAUUAAUCCACAGAUUACUAAUACGAAGAAUAUUAACACCGAGAGUACUAAAACCGAAAAUAUUAAUACCGACAACAAAAAUAAUCAAGUACUAGAAAAAAGUCCCAAGGAGAAAAAUACUGGAAAUUUACCGAAGGAAAUCAGUAAAGAAAGUGUGAAAGUAAACCCAGAAGUUGCAAACAAAGAAAAACGGGAGGAUGAUAAGAAGAAGGAUACAACAACAGAGGAGCAGAAGAUGAUCAGUUUUUCUUCAUCAGCCUCGAGUGACUCUGAGGCAGCUGCACAAGACAUUGUUUACACAUCAGUGCCAACAACGACUGCGAGUUCAACAACAAUAACAACAACAACAGCAAAAACUAAAGGAUCAUUUUUCGACACUUUUGAUUUUGAUGCUGCUGUAAAGAAUGCUAAUAUAGACACAACGAAUACUUCCUCAAAAGAAAAUUCCAACACCAAUAUAGCUGCACUCGAGGAAUCAUUUGGAGGAACAACUCAAAAGCCUGAUCCAGUUUUACCGACGCGACGAAGAACUGGUCUCUAUUUUCUUGUAGAUUGGAAUACAUUUUUGGAAGUUGGAGAAGAUGGCAAGGAGAAGGUAAAUUUGAGAUUCCAACCGAGAGCUGGCGAUAGAACUCGAUUUGUCAAAGUAACCGUGCCGUAAAUUCUUCUAAAGAAUUAUUUAAGAAAAAAAUUUUUUUUUACCUUAGUUUUAUAUUAUUUUUCUAGUUCAAAUUUAGUUUCGACGUACACCGGAAAUGGUGGAAGGUUAUACUAAAGACGAAUGUAUUUCAUCACGCAGAAAGUUCCAGUAAAUUUUUAGUCUUAUCAAUAAUUUAAUUUUUUCUACAAUUAUGGGCAUAUCUCUGGAAUUUCUAACUUUUCACUAAUCAAAAAUAUAAAAGUUUUAGUUAAUAAAGAAAAAUUAUUUUCCGACAUUGUAAAAUUUUUUGUUAAAAAUUAUUAUUU